AUGGAGUUCUCCGAGGUAAUUGAGGUAUUGGACCGUGGUAGCACUCUAGACGUGCAGUCUAACUGCACGUUCGAAUCGCUAAUGAUCGGUCAGAAAACGCUCGAAAAACUGAAAUCCGGUCAAUUCGACCGCCCGUCGCCAGUCCAGGCCAAAGCCAUUCCCGUUGGGCUUUUAGGCCGUGAUAUGUUGGUUCAGGCCAAGUCGGGAACCGGAAAAACGCUCGUUUUCUCGGUGCUGGCUGUGGAGAAUUUGGAUUUAAAGGCGCAUUAUAUCCAGAAGGUGAUCAUCACGCCAACGAGAGAAAUUUCGACACAAAUCAAGGAGACUGUGAGGAAAUUGACGCCAGCAGGCGCUAGAACAUCAGUCUACACUGGUGGAAUCGGUCACAAGCUCAAUGUAAUCGACCUGAAAAAGACGCGACCUCAAAUCGUCAUUGGUACUCCGGGACGAGUGGCUCAAUUGAUCCGAAUGGGCGCCAUGGACAUUAGCCACGUGGAUUUCUUUGUGUUGGACGAGGCCGAUAAGCUGAUGGACGAGGUUUUUAAGCCGGAUAUCAACACCAUCAUCAACUCUCUGCCUCCAAUUCGCCAGGUGGCCGUCUUCUCUGCCACGUAUCCCAGAAAUUUGGACCUGUUGCUGUCAACAUUCCUUCGAGACGCGGCACUGGUUCGGUUCAAUCAAGAUGACGUCCAACUCGUCGGCAUCAAGCAGUACGUCGUUCCGAACGCUCACCCAAUGCUGGAAACACUGACACGACUGCUGAAAUCGAUUCGAUACGUACAGGCAUUAGUGUUCUGUGAUCAGAUCUCAAAAUGCGAGCCGAUCGCCACUCAUCUCAAAUCUGAAGGCCUCGACUCCACGCACGUCUCCAGUGGGAUGUCCCAAAAAGACCGCCAACUGGCAGUGGAUCAACUGCGCGCGAAACGUGUCAAAAUUCUCGUCUCAUCGGAUCUAACCGCUCGUGGCAUUGACGCCGACAACGUGAAUCUCGUCGUCAACGUCGACGCCGCCGCCAACGAGGAGACCUAUUUCCAUCGAAUCGGCAGGGCCGCCCGUUUCGGUGCUCACGGAGCAGCCAUCACGCUGUUGGAGGAUGAGAAGGUGUUGAAGGGAUUCACAGCACUGGCUUAUAGAGGAAGGGUUACUGUAAAGCGGGUCGGAGAUGUUGAUUCGAUUCCAGCCGACGUUGUGAAGAAUCAAGAGUUUUGGAAUGGUCUUCCAUGGUUUAUUAAGCUGGAGGACUCCAAAAAGGACACCCAGCGGGGUUCUGGCACUUCCAAAAACGACCUAGAUUCGGUUCCCGAUCGUCAGGAAGCUCUAGAAAACCUUCAGAAGGCGAGAGGAGACUCAGAGUCUUCUUACAAAUAUGAUAGAGAUCAGAUGAUGUCACUGAAGAGGACAGAGAAGCCAAGGUCCCUGAAUUUCGACCCAAGGCUUUCGGAAUCACCGUCUCCACCGCCAAAGACUUCAGAUGCUCCAGAAAAAUUCAACCCUCCGUCUCCAGAAGAAUCCACGUCUUCUGAACCUUCCCAACCAGUGGAUCCAGACGCUCUUCCACCCAAAAAAUCGUUCAAAGAGAGGCUGGCAGAGCUGAAAAAGGCAAAAGCGGAGGCUAAAAACGAGCAAAAAACGGAAAAAGCACAAGAGGAAGUGAAGACCAAGUUUAAAAACUUUGCUUGGACCACUUUUGAGCUUAUCUGGACGAUUUCCACCGUUCUAGACACGUUUUGGAUCGAUUUAAGCAGAAUUAGAUUCGUUCCAACGCGAGAGAAGGCCAAGAAGAAGUACUAUAUGCGAGGCGAGCUGCAACACAUUCGUGACUCGUUCAGUGCUGAGCAAUGGAGAGCUUUCGCCGAGUCCAAAUACGAUUUAUCGCAGGAACCGUUUUUGGAUGCGUUUGGAGCUUCUGGAAACGCUGAAAAUGGGCGAAACGUGGAUUCUGGAGCUCAAAAUGAUCGAAUUUUGCCUGAAAAUACUAAAAAAUCCGGUGGAAAUGUGGCUAGAAAUGGUCGAACGUCCCCAAAAUCAGAUUCUGGAGCUCAAAAUGGACGGAUUUCUCCGGAAAAUGAUGUCAAAAAGCCCAAGAAACCGACCAAAAAGGCGCUAGGAAUCAUCCAGUACAAUCGUCACGAGCUCAAGAAUAUCCAGAAGGCAAUCCCCAAAGAAUCGUGGAUUCCCUACGUCAAAUCUCGUUACGAUACUUCAGAAGAGCCCUGGGAACUGGAUCCGUGGCUUCGUUGUCCGUUUGAGGAACGUCUUCGAAGAAUACGAAAAAGAGAGAAGGACGAGAGGAAAAAAGUGAUAGAGGAGCGGAAAAAGAAGAGAGAUGAGGAUCGAAGUGAGCUCGUUUCGAUUGGCAAGGUGACACAGAAAGUGGAGAUUCGGGAGAGCAGUUGGGCAGAUUAUCAGGCGAGAGUUCAGAGGGAUUUUAUGGAAUUUGUGGAGAAGAGAGAUCAAGAGGAGAAGGAUGGAACGAAGAAGCAGCAGAGUUUGAGGAGGAUUGGACCAGUGGUCCCCGAACGCGGCCCGCCACAUAUCUACAACUAUCGGGUAGACAUGUACAAACGACGGUUGGCUGAACAAGACGCGUGGCUGAUGCAGGAGACGAAGCUGGAAGAUGGCAAAAUUCAGAAUCGCGACGUUCAAACGGAGGAUUCAAAAGACGUCGUUAAAUCAUAUGACGUUGGGGGGAAGCAGGUGCUGCCAGAAGUUUCGGAUUCAGGAAUUCAAACUGAUGAAGUGAGGAUUCUGGAUUCUGAUUCUAGAAGUCAGGAGGAGGAGGAGUACCGGGAUGAUGAAGAGGAGUAUUGGGAUGAGGAGGAAGAUCCAGAAGACGUCAGGCCUUCAGAAUGCCGGAACUUCGAUAUUCCCAACCAACAGCAAUUUAUGAGGACCAUUGGCGAGCGAUAUCGCCAAAAUGUGAAUAUGCAGGCUAGCAUGCAGAGCUAUAUAGACCUGAUGAACUCGAUUACGAGGAAUUUCUCGUAG